AUGGGUACACGACCAAAGAACUGAUAUUUAAAUGGCGCCACGAUAAUCCAUUUACAGUGGAGACGGAUAUGGCAAUCCCUCGGUUCAUGCUACACAAAGCAACUACGAACGACUCAUGUGUCAAAUCUUUUAUAACAGGUGAUUUUAGCUGCGCCAUUGUAAACUUUCAUCUCAGUCGUCAGAUGCAGUCCUAUAUCCUUCAGGUGUAUAUUCCGAGUAUACUACUCGUAGUAAUCUCGUGGCUGUCAUUUUGGAUUGACGCACGAGCUGCACCAGCACGUGUGGCGCUUGGGAUCACCACGGUAUUAACCGUAACAACUAUGACGGCUGGUAUCCAGGAAACUCUUCCUGCUGUUACAUACGCGAAGGCUAUUGACAUAUGGAUGGCAAUGUGUCUAUGCUUCGUCUUCUUGUGUCUUUUCGAGUACGCCCUAGCCAACUACUUUCUUGUACUAGAGGAGGAACGCAGGACUAAACAGCAAGAUGCUCCUGUUUACGUCACCAAACUGACAAAUAGGCAAAGGGGAGACGACAAAAACAACCAAGACAACGGCAACAAUUACGAACUUCAAGCCUGUCACCAUCAAAACGAAGUUCAAGAAUCAAAGAUAGUGACACGCCCAGUCAAUGAUAUUCGCUUUAAAAGGUUUCGCAACAUUACAGCUAGACAUCUUGAUUAUUCUGCUAGGAUAAUCUUUCCACUCUUAUUUGCUAUUUUCAACCUGCUAUAUUGGCCAACAUACCUAUCAAAAGACUGCAUUUAAGUUAUCUUCAUAAAAGUUACAAUGACACCUGAUUUGAAUCUGUAUUACUAUUAAACAUUAAUAUAUCACCCUAAUCAAACUUAAGUUCAAUAGUAUUACUGAAUUAUGGAAGGUAAAAAUCUAUGAUUCUUUUUAACCUAAUCGAAGGACCAUAUUUUUAUUCUUAUAAAUAUAAAUGCAGAGAACAGUGGCAGGAGUGGUGGAGUGCACACACACAUUCGUCUGUAAUGUAUAUCAUUUCACCAUUUUGUAGGCCUAUGAUAGCAAUUUUUUUUUGUUUUGGGGGAGGGGGUGUAAAACUUUUAUUAGUUAUUUUCUUACCACCACCAUAGUAUUGAUCGUCUUGUUGACAGUUGCUCCACGAUCAAGUGCAGGGUCCUCAAGUGCAGGGUCUUGAAUUGUGGCCUACUUGUCAUUUCCGACCAGCAAUUGCAUGAUUCGGCCGCUAGAACAAGCCUAAAAUACUAAUUAGGCCACUAGAGUUUAUUAUUAUUAUUAUUAGAAUGAUUCAAUUUGAAAAAAGUAGCUAAUAGACUAAUACAUUAGAAAUGAUUGAUACAUAACUAUUGAAAACUUUUGAUAGUAGCAGAGGUAGACGAGUACAUUAGUCGUGUCUGUGGUGUUACAAACGGCCUUUUCCAAAAUCAACCACCCAUUGGCGCCAAGAGGCCGGGGCAACCGGGGCAAGAGCCCCGGAGCCCGGGCUCGCCAGGGGCCCGGGAUAACUAGGUAAGAAAUAAUAAAAGAAAAUAAAUAAAUAAAAAUGAUUAGACGUAUACAUUCAUCCAGUAUCAGUCAUCUGUUUUUUCCCGCUAGAAUUGCAAAUAAACUGACCGUUUAUCGAUGAACGCUGGUAACUAAUCGUUUCCAAUGCUUUCAUGAAUAUUUUUAUGGCUUCUUCCACUCUUGAGUUUGUUUAAAAUGUAUCAAAUAGUAAAUUAAUUAUGAAUUAUGAAUGAAUUAAUAAUUUUAAAAGGCUUUGACCCUUAACAUCGUCAAUAUAAUAUACAUACAAGUUAGAAAAUACGAAUAGACCUAAAAGAGAUUCGAUUAUCAAAUAAAUACUGAAAUAAUAUAUUAAACCCGUGGUGGAUUUAAGGGGAGGCCUGGCCCCCCACCUCCUAAAUUUUUCAAAAUUUAACAAAAAUUGAGAAAAAAGAAAAUUCUACUCAAAUUUUAGUCUAAGAGUGCCAUUUCCGGUCGUCCAGAGGUGCCAUAAUCAUAAAUUUUCGUACAUCAUCCCAAAUCCAACCAUGGUGGAGCUAAGGUAGGUAGAUAAACCGUCCAUCUAUCUGUGAAAGUUUUUCUCUGGGCCUCCUGUAUUUCAAAUUCCUGGAUCCGCCACUGUAAGCUUUGAUACCCAUGUUUUAAAUCUUUUCAGCACGUUUUAAUAAAAGGAAGGAUAGCUUUUACUUUCCAUAUUUCUUAUACUUCAUUUUUCAUGACCUGGUGAAACAAGGCACUCUAUAAUCGAUUAAUAGUCCUCUAAUCCGUUAACAAACCCCCAACCAAUGGGCCGGGCAGCGAAGACGCCCCGGGGCCCGCGGCCGCUCUCUCCCACCUAAAGAAAAUAAUUGUCUGUAAUUACUUUUUUGGCUCUCAUGUCAGGCCUAUACAGUCUUGCAUUUAGACGUCAAUGCCUGCUGAAAUCCUGUGUUUCAUUCUGCGAUUGGACACAUAGGCCUACUGCGCGUAGCCUAUCAGGCGCCUCACAUUCACAUGAGCUGAGAGACCAGUUUAUACAUUAAUCAACGUGUUCUGUUAUUUUGAUUAAUGUAUGUUAACAGAUUUUUGUAGAGUGAUCUUUCCAAUUUAGGGUUGCUUAUAUUUAGGGGCGGGCCCUCAAAUAUUAAAAUGGAGAGUGAUGUUCAAACGUAAAAUUGAAUUUUACUAAAUUAUGUUAACAAAUAAAAAUGUAUAGUAAUUAUCAUGUUUUGUAAAUAUAUAGAACAUAAAGAUCGAUUAGAAUAUGCAAAUAAAACAAUAGUUUAAGGCAUGACUUGUUUAUAAUUAAAUUUUAAACAUACUGUACAUGGUUUUCAUGGGCAAAGCAUGUUCCAAGUUUGUAACUGUUUACACACCUUAUAUGUAGUGUUCAAUAAGUCGGUGUCAGAUCAAUGAAGUUGCCUAAGUAAAUCUUUAAUUUAUGUAACCGAACAGCGGACGAAUUAUAUUGAUAGAGACAAGCAUAUACUGUAUGAGGUAAACUUCGGCUUGAUAAUAUGACGUUGUCUUGGUUUGAAUCAUACCUAUCAUUGUGUCAAACAAGGAACUGAUUACUGUUGUCGAUGAGGCUAAAUUAGAGAAAAAGAACGUACAUUUUGGUGAGCUGCGAAGUUCAUUACUUGGGCCACUGCUUUUUCACUUUUUGUAAAUGAUUUAAAUAGCAUUAUUAUUAUUUAUGUAAUAUAAAGUAUCAAUACACAGGUGAUACCGCAAUAUACCAUGCUGCAGAGACUAGAAAUUACUGAAAUGCUAAAUGAUGACAUUGAAAAAUGGAAGUACUACUGUAGAUAGAUACGUUCUUAAGCAAUUUAAAUCUAUGAAAUUAUCGGCCGGGUUGGCACCAGUGAGGGUAAGGGCUCCCCAUCCGUGGGAGAGAAAGUUAAUUUCGCAAAAAAAAAAAAAAGAAAGAAAAAGAAGUCCAGGGCUUCAAUUCGAGGUUUACGGUAUUAAAAUAAAGUUGAGUGAAUGAAUCGCAAUUGACUCUGUUGCCGCCACCACUAGAAUGAUUUUGUAAUACUUUAAUAUAGAUCUAGUGAAGCUCAACAAGCAAGCACAGCGACAAUUAGAAAUCAAGAUCGAUUUGCUGGUUUGUAAUUAUGGCUAAUUUUAACUCAACCCAUGUGUUUUUUUUAUGGUAAAAUGACAACCACUUGUCCAAAAUACAUAUUGUUAAUAUAUAUGUAAUUAUUACUAAGCUUCGGAAGUGCAAUUUUCAAAAUAUGCAAGUAUGUCAGGGCUUCUCCAGAAAAUAUAGUUUUGCUAAACAAAAACUCGACCUUUGACUAUAUUUGGUAGGGCUUGUGCAACAUAAGCGUAUCCAACCUAUAAAACAUUUUCUUAGAUAUAUCGCGCAUUUUAUCAUAAAUUAAUGGAAUCAUGAUUAUACUGUAUUUUGUCAAGGUAGUAGGAUUACUGUAAAAUAACAUGUAAUUCCAAAACAAAUAAAGACAAACUUAUCUGUUAA